AUGGCUGAAAAUAUCUGUGUCUCCGUACGUGUCCGACCCUUGAAUAAGAGGGAAGAGGAGUGUUCUCAGAGAGAAGCGUGGCGAGUGGUAGACGGCAAAAGUGUCGUUCCAACAGAACACAAUCCACGAAACGGCCAAGGAUAUUCAUUUGCUUUCGAUAAUGUGUUCGACAAUGUCUCAACCUCUGAGGAUGUUUAUGACAAGUGUGCGAGGGGAAUCAUACUCUCAGCUCUCGAAGGCCAGAAUGGAACCAUCUUUGUUUAUGGUCAAACAAGCAGUGGUAAGACACAUACCAUGCAAGGAUCUGAGUCGCAACCCGGAAUCGUGCCUCAUGGCAUAUCUUUUAUUUUCAAUGAAAUCAAGCAUGUAACCAACUCCCAAGAAUUUUUGGUUCGGUGUUCAUACAUUGAGAUUUACAAUGAAAACAUCACGGAUUUGCUGAAUCCUAAGAAUUCAAAUCUGAAACUUCACACAAAUCCGAAAGGAGGAGUUUAUGUCGGCAAUGUCACUGAGCCUGUUAUUGCAAACGCACAACAAGCUAUGGAGCUGAUCAGCAAGGGAGCAGCGAACAGACAGGUUGGCGAAACCAAAAUGAACGAAGCAUCGAGCAGAUCACAUUCCAUUUUCCGUAUGGUGAUCGAAUGCAGGAACAAAUCUGAUUCCUCAGGCGCUGUUAUGGUUGGAGAAUUGAACAUGGUCGAUCUGGCAGGCUCCGAGCGUCAAUCUCAGACACAGGCUACUGGAGCGAGGCUCAAGGAGGGAGCAAACAUCAACAAGAGCUUGUUGACUCUUGGAAAUGUUAUCGCCAAAUUGUCAGAAGGCGAACAGUCUCACGUACCAUACCGCGAUAGCAAGUUGACCCGAAUCCUUGAAAGAGCUCUUGGAGGAAAUUCACGCACGUCGAUUAUCUGUACCAUCACACCAGCAGCAGUCCACACCGAGGAGACGCUGAGCACCCUCAAGUUUGCCACCAGAGCCAAGACCAUCAAGAACACAGUGACUGUGAACGAGGUCCUCGAUGAUCAGGCGCUGCUCCGAAGAUACAAGAAGGAG